GCUCAUUUGCGGAAGAUAAUACAGAAGCACCAAUAAAAUUUUUUCAAGUGUCUGGUGGCAUAGAUGGAGAUAUAACAUCAUCAUCAGACAAUUUUGACUGGCCUCGGAUUGUAUUGAAAAUAAACCCUCUGGCUGUGCACUCUAUUCUGGAAAGGAUAGCAGCUGAGGAGGAAGAAGGAGAUAAUAACUUUCAAGAGGAAGAAGAAGGAGGGUCUCAUUCUUUGAAGGAUGUCUGUGAUAUUAGAAGACCAGAGCCUUCUCCUUUUUCUUCUCGUAGGGUCAUGUUUGAAAAUGAAGAGAUGGUGAUGCCAGGAGAUGUAGCUGAAAUGACCGAGUUUCAGGAUAAAACAAUUAGCAAUUCUCAUUAUGUACUGGAACUCAUGUUACCAAACAUUCACUUAACAUUACCAAACAAAGGCUUUUAUGAAAAACUUUACAAUAGGAUCAGCAAUGAUUUAUUGUUGUGGGAACCCACAGCUCCAUCUCCUGUAGAAACAUUUGAAAACCUUUCUUACGGUGUUGGACUAUCUGUGGCCAGCCAGCUCAUCAACACUUUCAGUAAAGACAGCUUUAGUCAAUUUAAAUCUGCAGUUCAUUAUGAUGACGAGAGUGGAUCUGAGGAAGAAACACUACAGUAUUAUUCCACUGUUGAUCCAAACUAUCGUUCACGUAGAAGGAAAAAGCUUGACUCUCAGAAUAAGAACUCACAAAGCUUUCUGUCUGUUCUGCUAAAUGUGACACAUGGAUUAGUGUCAAUAUUCACAGAUGUAAAGCAGGAUGAUGGAAGUACAGUGCAAGGAAAAUACGGUGAAUUCUGGCUUGAGUUCAACAGUGGUUCACUUUUCAGCGUGACUAAAUAUGAAGGCUUUGAGGACAGACACUACAUUUGUCUCCAUUCUAGUAGCCUCAAUUUGUAUCAUCAAGGUAUGGUAGAUGGGGUCGUCCCUUCCUCUGAAGUACGACUGCCCAGCACGAUACGUCCCCACUGGUUAGAACCUACUAUUUGCUUCUCUGAAGAAGAUGGUCUUAGUAGGACUACUUCAGAUGGUGUAGGAGUGGAUUGUCCAAGUAUGCUGACUGUUGCAGUCAAAAUCCAAUCAGAUAAAAUAGAGAGCAAUACAAAGGAAUUUCUGGUUGCUGUUGGGCUAAGAGGAGCCACACUUCAGCACAGAGUACUGCCUUCAGGUUUAAGCUGGCAUGAACAGAUUUUAUAUUUUUUGAAUAUUUCUGAUGAGCCUGUUCUGGGAUAUAAUCCUCCAGCUACAAUUACAACUUUUCAUGUACAUCUGUGGAGUUGUGCUCUUGAUUACAGGCCCUUGUUUUUGCCAGUCAGAGCUCUACUUACUGUUGAAACUUUCAGCAUUUCCAGCAGUGUUGCAGUGGAUAAAUCCUCUUCUACUCUCAGAAUAAUAUUAGAUGAAGCUGCCUUGCAUCUGUCUGACAAGUGCAACACUGUUAUGGUGAACCUCCAUAGAGAUUAUGUUCGUGUUAUGGAUAUGGGACUGCUGGAACUAACCAUUACAGCAGUAAAAUCUGAUUCGGAUUUAAGAAGUAAACCACGUUUUGAGCUGCACUGUUCCAGUGAUGUGAUCCAUAUUCGUACUUGCUCCGAUUCAUGUGCUGCACUAAUGAAUCUUAUACAAUAUAUUGCAAGUUAUGGUGAUUUACAUCCACCUGCUAAGACAGAGAUUAAACGUCGGGGUAGCAAGCCAAAAAUGAAGGUAGAGACAUUUAACCAACCAUCUUCCCACGGACCAGUCCUCGCUGAAUCAGAGCAACAGAUUUUACGGGAUUUGAUGAGUGAUGCUAUGGAGGAAAUUGAGACUCAACAGACUGCUGCUGCCAUGAAGCCCGAGUCUAAUGGAGUUUUGGAUGACAGAUCUCAAACUCAGGAGCCAUCUUGCUCAGAUCUUUUCCUGUUUCCAGACGAAAGUGGAAAUGUCUCACAAGAUCCAAGUCCCACUUAUGCUUCAUUCACUCAUCACCUGAUAAAUGAGGCCAUGGGAGAUGUUCCUGCAGAAAGUGAUGAUUUCUGCAUUCUUUUUGCACCCAAAGUUGCUGUUGCUGAAAAGGAGGAAGAGCCAAUAAUAAAAAUAAUGGUUGAUGAUGCAAUUAUCAUAAAGGAAAAUCAUUUCAGCCAACCUGUAAAAAAAACAGAUACAAGCAAAGCUCCCCUUCAUUUUCCUGUUCCUCUGGUACGCUAUGUUGUGAAGGAAAUCUCUCUUAUUUGGCAUCUCUAUGGCGGAAGGGAUUUUGGGACUGCACCACCAACAUCUCCAGCUAAAAGCUUCAU